AUAUUGGGAUUAAUCUUUUUUUUCUUAUUAUAACCGGAAAUAAGUGACUAGUUUGUCGUUUGACUGCAAAUGCGAAGAUCACUUCAAAUUCCGGCAGCCACCUCCGACGGCCACCUAGCAAGCAUUCCGUUCUCCCUGGUGGCUCCUCUAACAGUGAUAUGAAAGCAUUAAUCCAACAUCAUGCAAAAACUCACAUAAAAAACAUAGUUUCUAGAUUCUCUAUACCUUCAUGGAUCACACCCCAUUUUCAUUCUUGUACCUAUCAAACUAAAACUCAUCAUGCCCAUCAUAAAAACACUGUUUCAAAAACAGAUUUUCGACCAAAUGAUUCCGACUCGACCACUUUCAAUAUUGCCUGCAACAUGUUUGAUGAAAUGUCUGACUUAACUGUUUCAUCAGCUACCGAAAUAAUUUGCGGUUUUUCCAGGAGGAAUUGCCAUGAAGAAGCUAUUUAUCUUUUCUUGAGAAUGUUUGUGUCGAGGAUUAGACCUAAUGAGUUUACGUUCGGAACUGUGCUUCACUCUUCGACUGUGCUUGGGAAUGUUGAAUUCGGUAAGCAGCUUCAUGGUUGUGUAAUUAAAACUGGUCUUGAUAGUAAUGUAUUUGUUGGUAGUGCACUUGUUGAUUUGUAUGUAAAGUUGAGUACUAUAGAAGAAGCACAAAAGGCUUUUGAAGAUACUCAAUAUCCUAAUGUGGUGUCUUAUACAACGUUGAUUGGUGGUUAUUUGAAGAGUGGGAAAUUUGGAGAUGCUUUGCGGGUUUUUAACGAGAUGCCUGAGAGAAAUGUCGUCUCGUGGAAUGCGAUGGUUGGGGGGUGUAGUAAAACAGGUCAUAAUGAAGAUGCUGUGAAAUUUUUUAUUGACAUGCUUAGGGAAGGGUUUAUUCCGAAUGAAUCUACAUUUCCUUGUGUGAUUUGUGCAGCUUCUAAUAUAGCUUCACUAGGAAUUGGUAGAAGUUUUCAUGCAUGUGCAAUCAAGUUUUUGGGUAAGCUUAAUGAUUUUGUUGAUAAUUCGCUUAUUAGCUUUUAUGCAAAAUGUGGAAGCAUGGAAGAUAGCCUCUUAAUAUUUGACAGGCUUUGUAAAAGGAAUGUAGUGUCGUGGAAUGCUGUGAUAUGUGGUUAUGCGCAUAAUGGAAGAGGUGUUGAGGCAAUAAGCUUGUUUGAAAGAAUGUGCUCUGCAGGCAUCAAACCAAAUAGGGUAUCCCUAUUAGGACUACUCUUGGCUUGUAAUCAUGCCGGUCUUGUUGACGAAGGUUACUCAUAUUUCAAUAAAGCUAGGAUUGAGAGUCCCAAUUUGUUAAAGGCUGAGCAUUAUGCUUGUGUGGUUGACUUGCUCGCACGCUCCGGCCGUUUUGCAGAAGCCGAGAACUUCCUUUACCGUAUGCCGUUCAACCCAGGAGUCGGAUUUUGGAAGGCAAUACUUGGGGGAUGUCAAAUCCACCAUAACAUGGAGUUAGGGGAGCUUGCGGCAAGAAACAUUUUGGCUUUGGAUCCUGGCGAUGUAUCAUCAUAUGUGAUGUUGUCAAAUGCUCAUUCUGCUGCAGGUAGGUGGUCAGAUGUGUCCAAAUUAAGAACCGAGAUGAAGGAAAAAGGGAUGAUGAGGAUUCCAGGUAGCAGUUGGAUUGAAAUCAGAGGCAAAGUUCACGCCUUUAAAGCAGACCACGAUCAUAAUAAAAAUGAUGAAAUUUAUGUGCUCCUAAGAAAUUUCUUUGAGCAUUUAAGAGAAUAUGAGAGUUCUGAUUGGCUCAACAAUUAUUGUGAUUUCAGCGCCAUAUAAGUAAUGAGCAUAGUUCUGUUUGAUAUAAGGUAAUUUAUGUCAUUUGGAAUUUUAGAAGGGUUGCAUACCUUUUGCUACUUGAGCAUUCUAUUAGUUGGGCGAGAUGAGACUUGUCAUUCUAUUAGUUGGGCGAGAUGAGACUUGUUGCUGUACUGCUGUGAAAGAGGAAACCUUUAGUAGAGCAACUCAGAGGCUGGUAACAAACACAGCACCCAAAUCUUAGUAAUUACCCCAACACAAUGGAACAUAUAGAUCUUUAUGCUUUUUAUUUUGUCUUGGUACUUAAACCUGACAUCUGAUUCCAUGUAAGUUUUAUUAUGAUAAUUAUCCUGAUUAAAGUAAAAUAAAAGAACAUGUUUUGACCA